AUGACUGAGAACUCGGAUGGACAAUGUGUGAUUUGCAACAAAAUAAUAAGUAAUACGAGUAGCUCACUGGUACCUGCAAAGCUUAAACGACAUCUUGACACGAACCACCCAGAACUGAAAGAUAAAAGCGUCAGCUUUUUUGAAAGACACAAAGAAGUGCGUAGAACUGGUGCAGCUGCUAUACAAAAAUUUGUAAAGACCGAUAAUGAAAAUGCAACAGAGGCAUCAUUUCUGCUAAGUUACAAAAUCGCUCGUGCUGGUAAACCACACACGAUUGCAGAGGAUUUAAUAAAACCAUGUAUGACAGAAAUUGUCACUUGUGUACUUGGAGAAGAAGCAGCAAAGAAAGUGUCAGCAGUGCAGUGUUCAAAUAACGUCAUUUCUGAUCGAAUUCAUAAGAUUUCUGACCAUAUUCAAAAUUAA